ACGUUCACCAUCAUCAUCACAAGGUGUUCCUAUCCCGAAGUUUUCUUGCUUCCAAUUUCUGUUGAGCAUUUAGAACCUGGAGAGUCGACACAAAUUGUCGAACAUUGCUGCCGUUAUUUCAAGCCAACACCUGCAACGAAAGGCAACGUCUCGCGAGUGAACAUGAGCUCACACAAUAAUCAGGCGCGAUCUCAGUCGCCAAGCGCAGACGAAGAUCCUGAUCUCGCGUUGGCCAUCGCACUUUCUCUACAGCAAGAACAAUUCGAGAACGGUGCUAAAGCCAGGGCUGUAUCAUCUGGAACGGAGCCACCGACUUCUUCGGCCAACACUACCGGCCCUAUGGGGUUGUUGGCUCUCGACCGGAAGAGGAUGGAAGAGGAACGUAUAGCAAGACUCAAGAAACGUUCGGCGAUGGAGGCUGGUUUUGAUAAUCAGUCACAGAAAAAGCUGCAACGCUCUGAAGCAUUGGAGGGCCACGAGAUUAUUGACUCCGGCCCCGUAAAUCCCAAGGCAACAACAGCAACAUCACCCGAGAAUGUUUUGGAAUUGCCAUUUCCGAAAGGAGCAUUCAAGCGCACUUGGUCUCACGGCUGUCCUAGGGGCGGGGGAGAUGAUAUCAAGAUUGAGGAAGUCCUUCAAAAGGACAAGCUCCAGCUGGCCGUGCUCUCAUCCUUCCAGUGGGACGAGGAAUGGCUUCUCUCGAAAGUCAACGCCCUGGAGACUAAGAUGCUUCUCAUCGCCUAUGCAGCCAACGACGCCGAGAAAGCCGCCAUCCGCGCCAACGUUCCGGCCGGCGGCCUCAUCAAAUUUUGCUUUCCGCCAAUGCAUGGCGGAUACAUGCAUUCCAAGUUGCAGAUCUUGAAGUAUGAAUGUUAUCUCCGCAUUGUAAUUCCUUCCGGCAAUCUGGUUCCAUACGAUUGGGGAGAGACGGGCGGUUUGGAAAACAUUGUUUUUCUGAUCGACCUGCCUCGACUCGACGGACCACCGACCGAGACAUCAUUUGGCACCGAGCUCCGGCGCUUCCUGAGGGCGCUUGGCCUCGACGAGAAGUUGGUCAAGAGUCUCGAUAGCUACGACUUCUCAGAGACAAGCCGUUAUAGUUUCAUUCACUCUAUCGCGGGCAGCCAUACAAAGGAUGCUUGGCAACACACAGGCUACUGCGGCUUAGGGACCAGUGUUCGAAGCUUGGGGUUGGCAACCGAUAAUGCGGUUGACGUUGACUAUGUGACAUCUUCACUGGGAUCGCUAAACCAUGGAUUCUUAACGACGAUUUACUAUGCCUGUCAAGGCGAUUCAGGCAUGAAAGAAUACGAAGCGAGGCAGUCCAAAACGACUAAGAACAAGGCUGCAAAAACAGGCUUGGCUGGUUCCAGACCGGCCGACAUUGACAAGGAGCCGCUCCAAUUACAGCAUCAUUUCCGCAUCUACUUCCCUACCGAAAAGACCGUUUCUAGUAGCUGGGGCGGUAGAUCUUCUGCCGGCACCAUUUGCGUGCAAGAGAAAUGGUGGAAUUCUUCAACGUUUCCGCGAGAAUUACUGCGAGAUUGCCAGGGCGCCCGAAAUGGCCUGUUGCUACAUAGCAAAGCCAUUUACGUCCGUGAGCGGGCGCACGACGGCGUAGUCUGGGCAUACGUGGGGAGUGCAAACUUGUCGGAGAGCGCGUGGGGCCGAUUAGUGAAGGACCGGGAGUCGGGAACGGCCAAGCUCACUUGUCGCAACUGGGAAUGCGGCGUGUUAGUCGCGGUUAAGGCCAAGGACAGCUCGGCAAAUACUGCAGACCUUGGGACACGGCGGGGAGUCGACCAAUUCGCACAGGCACAAUCGCGUCCGCGGGCGAAGGCGCGGACUUCGACGCUGGAGGGGCAUGCCGUGAGCGAAGAGGAGACAUCGAAGGGCAAGGAGGGAACGGCGGCGGCAGCGGCAGGGACUGGGAGCAUGGGGAAGCGGCGGCAUCAGCAGCUCGAACAGGACGAAUCAGUGGGCCUCGAUGGAGUGUUUGGAGCGAUGAUGCCCAUUCCAAUGAGGGUGCCGGCGAGGCGCUACACGUCAGAUGAAUCGGCGGCCAGCCGGCCAUGGUUUUUUAUGAAGGCCGAAUGA